CAGUGCAUUCAAGUCGAUAAGCAAACAGAAGCAUACAGCACAUUUUAGCUCAUAUUUUUCCAUUGUGCAAAAUGUUUGUGGUUCAGUGUGAAUGAUAAAUUUGACUCAGAAUUGUAAUAAAACAUGGUGAAUACAAUGAAAUCAAGAAGAGAACUUGUGUUCAGUGCAGUGAAAUUUGAAGUGAUUAUUAUUUUGUGCAUUUCCAUUGCAACCAUUGAAGCAUUGGAAACGAAUGGUGGAACAGUAGCUCCACUGACUGCCGACCAACCCGUUUCAGACGAAAAAAUUACUGACCACAAUGAUUUAAAGAAAAUUGAAACCCGAUUCCACGAUCCACCACCCGAAUAUUACAAAGGACCGUCAAACAACAACUAUGAUUCAUACGAUUUGAAAUACAACGGACAAAGUCAUCGUCCGGCACCGAAUUUUGCUAGCUCUGGCUAUUACAAUCCAUAUUUGAGCAAACAUGGCUUUUAUGGAACGAUAAACCCAAAAGAUCGGAUUAGCAUUGGCGGUGGCUAUUACAGUGGCAGUGAGUUCAGCGGGAAUGGUUACGCUGGAUCGGACCGUGUUCGACCUUAUGGUUCACCUCAGCCCGUAGACAUUCCAGCAACUGGUUAUAAUUCAAACGGUUUCUAUGGCGCUGGCGGCGGAGGCAUCGGCGGCGGUGGCGGAUAUGGAGGAUAUGGCAACGGAUACGAUGGAGCAUACGACCAAGGCUUUGACGGCAACAUCUGGGGCGAUAAAAUGAAUCACUUAUCGAAAUCGCAUUUGUUGCCGCUGGCUGGUGCUGCGCUAAUAGGAAUCGCAGCUGCAUUACUCGUAAAUCCGGUUUUAUUGCAAUUGGGAACCGUCAGUGGAAAACGACGCCGUCGACGCGAUAUAGUGUCACAAUUAUUGCCUCCACCCAAAGCCAGCGCACAUAAUCUCGCAUACAGAGGCCACAAUCGACCGUAAACAUUGCAAAUAAUGACCUUAGACGUGGAACGAGCAUGCAUUUCGAUUGCACUGAACUAUUAUUACAAAUGAAUAAAUUCUACCGAAAUUAGUUGAAUCGCCUUUUUUUGUUGAUUUGAUACAAAGUUUAAUGUACAGUAAUAAAUUAUCUCGAGAUAGUCGGUCUUUAUGGGGAGAAGUAGGAUGGGAAAACCGAUGUGAUAACAAUUAAACAAAUAAACAAUAUGCGGCUUCUCGUUUAUCUCAUUUUCAUUACAUUUCCGAUUUAAUAUUUACUCGAUACUUUCCACAGUUACGAAAAAUUCAACACAUUUGCAUUGGAUCCAUUGUUUUGGUUGUUGUUUCACUAUGAUUUCGACCAUGAUAAACUUUAUCAAAUCUAUUUAU